AUGACAUCAGAGCUUACAGUGUCAGCAGCUAACUUCACCUGCACAGAAAUGGCUCCCUGUUACACAAACUGCUCCUCCAUUCACCACAUUAGGAUUUCUGAGAAAGACAACAUCAAAUUGAGAAAACCUAUUGUGGAGAAAAUGCGCAGAGAUCGCAUCAACAGCUGCAUCGAACAACUCAAGAUCAUUCUGGAGAAGGAGUUCCACCAGCAGGAACCCAACUCCAAGCUGGAGAAAGCCGACAUCCUGGAGAUGACUGUGAGCUUCUUGAGGCAGCAGCUGCAGCAGGGUCUCUGUCAGAGUGACUACAACCAAGGCUACUCUCACUGCUGGAGGGACUCUGUGUGCUUUCUCUCGGCUGGAUCCAACACAGAAGCCUCUGUUACUCCUCUGCAGGGCCUCCAGCAGCAGAAGCAGCAGCUCCAUCAGGCCCAGAGAGCCAGCAGCUCCUCCCCAGCCUGCUCCAUCCUCAGGCCCACCACCCUGCAGGACAGCAGCAGCAGCAGAGGCCCCGUGUGGAGGCCUUGGUAGAAACACACAGACACUUUGAGACCUGAGGGGACCUGCACUCCUCACCAUGUAGGAAAUGUAUUUCCAGCCUGCU